CUGUAAACUCAUCAAAAUAAAAGAAAAAGAGCAGCCGACCUGACUUUCUGUCGCUGCUAAAAAAUUAAUUGGACAGAAAUAGACGUUACGUGCACUGUACAUUCGCACAUUUCACGACACGUGUACGAUCGGGGCUCAUCGGAAACGAUCGGGAUGUUCGAUUCAGGUUGACGCUUGGGUCAAGUAAUUCGUGUUCGAGGCUCGAGUCGCCUGGAGUGCCCGGUCGUCUCCCACGGGACUUUUUCUUUUUUCCUCGAGAGCAACCCCGCACGAAGCCCGGAGACGGAACGGGUCGGCGACGUGGGCGACGCGGAAUCGACACGUCCCUCCGAUGAAUCCGCUCGCGCGCAAAGGGCGUUCGCGGGAGAGCUGACGAAGCUCCGCACAGUGGGACUCGCGUGCCGCAUCAUAACCAAUGACGUGGAUAUAGGUUAGGUUACCGUUCGCGCUCAAACGGACCGAGCCAAUCGCCGCGGGUGUAGCGGGCACGUUUCCUGGACGCCGGACCAAUUUUGUAAAUAACAAUGUUCGAGAUCACGGACACGCAGAAGAUCGGCGUGGGGCUGGCGGGAUUCGGCAUCUCCUUCCUCUUCCUCGGCGUGCUGCUCCUCUUCGACAAGGGUCUACUCGCUAUCGGAAACCUUCUGUUUAUAUCGGGGCUCGCGUGUGUCAUCGGGCCGUGGAGGACGUUGAACUUCUUCUUCCAGAGGCACAAGAUAAAAGCCAGCGCCUCAUUUUUAGGAGGCGUUUUAGUAGUGCUUAUGGGUUGGCCCAUCGUAGGAAUGAUCUUGGAAACCUAUGGCUUUGUACUACUCUUCAGUGGUUUUCUACCGGUAGCGAUAAAUUUCUUGCGGAGAGUGCCUAUACUGGGGAUGGUGCUGAAUAUGCCUGGCAUCAGUCGAGUUCUGGACAUAAUAGCGGGCGACUCUAAUCGCACAACUGUAUGAUACGUCAGGAAACAUCCACGUCUCUCCGCUUGGAAACCUGUAUAUAAAACGGUCGAGUGUCACGCUCCAUGUUCUUUGUCCAUCAUUCCUGCUUGUGAAUGUGUCAACCGUCGGGUUUUUGUACAAAAAUAGAAGGAUAAUUUAUCUCUCGUGUCGGUCUGUGUGAGAAAAGAUAUCGGUAAGACGUUGUGUUAUAAUCGAUUUGUAUGUUUUUUUUUUUCAAUUUAUAUACACUGUGACUUGUAUUGAUUACGUCAAGGGUACAUUUGGUUACACGAGAAACAUUCCAAAAACUCUUUUGUAAAGAUAUUAGACUUUCUUUAUCUCGAAGUACUUGUUAUUGUCGGUAAAACAAUGGCCAAAAACGUACUCUUCUCCUGAUCAAGUAAUGAAUGUUUUCGGAUAACAUAAUAAAUAAACGUGUUCAAUGUGUAUUAUUUAUCAAUAUGGGUGUCUCGCAUAUCAAAAUCACGGUGAAGAAUGUACCAAAUUUAUAUAAAAUCCUUUAAAAGUUUUGAGACAAAUAUAUCAAUGACCGUAAAUGUUAA